UUUUUUUCCCGUAUUGUCAUGUUGUGAUCCAAAAUUAAAUUAAGUUUGUAAAAAAAGUCUUACUAAAUAAUUCAAUAAAAAAUUUGGAUUUGAAAAAAUAUAAAGAACCUAGAAUUAAUUAGCAUUUUCCAAAGAAUAAAUAAUGAGUGAUGAUUAUCUUAGUAAACCUUUGUCCCUAGGUGGUAGCAUUGGUUCAUCAUCUGAUUUUUCUGCACCAUCUUCGCCAUCAAUAACAAAUGAAACAAAAAAAAUUGCUCCACUCUCACCUUAUUUAAAUUAUGACACAAGAUUUUUACAACAAGCACAACCCGAAUUUAUUUUUCCAGAAGGUGCCUCUCGACAGCGAGGUAGAUUCGAGUUAGCAUUUUCUCAAAUUGGUACAGCUGCUAUGGCCGGAGCAGGUAUAGGAGGUUUAGCAGGCUUUUAUAAUGGAAUAAAAGCAACCGCUGCAUUACAACAAACUGGAAAACUAAGAAGAACUCAAUUGUUAAAUCAUGUUAUGAAACAAGGUUCUGCAACUGCCAGUACUUUAGGGACAAUAACUGUUAUGUAUUCCGCAUUCGGCGUAUUUUUACAAUGGAUCAGAGAAGAAGAAGAUGAAAUUAACACAGUUAUAGCCGGCACAGCAACUGGUUUGCUGUAUAAGUCAACAGCUGGUCUUAAAAAAUGUGCUCUUGGAGGUGGAAUAGGAUUAGGCGUAACUGGAUUAUAUUGUUUAUAUCAAUUACUUCGAAAAGAUUCGAAUACAUUUUCAAGGAACUCAUUUUUAUAAGUGAAACGUAGAAUAAUUGGUUUAUUUUUAGUUUAGAUUUUGUUUUGUUAUUUAAAGAACGGUUUACAACACGAAUCAAAUUUGAGGAUUGAAAAUCUUGUAGAACAAAAAAAUAAAAAAACAGAAGAUCAAAAAUAUACGUAUAUGCAUUUGUUUAUUGGAA